AUGUCGCAGAUUAACGUCACCCAGUUCGUUGAAAGCAUCAUAUACCCACCAACGGAAGAGCGCGGAUUUAAUUCCUCUAUCUAUCCAGACAUCGCGGAUUACGAUGAUGUCAACACGUGGGUAGGGGAUGACAACAGAACACAGCUUCUCCUAAGCAACGGGACUCGAACGAAAGUUUUCUAUACGUGUCCAAUCAUUCUGGCUGUGGGAAUGCUAUCCAAUCUUAUGGCCUAUCUGGUAUUCACAAGGACUCGUUUGCGCAAGGUCCCGUCUGUUCCAUAUUUAGCCGCAAUGGCUGUGGUUGACAGUGGCGCCCUGCUGACGGAGUUUAUCCAGAAUGGGAUCGCACUGCAUGGAAUUCACAUCAUUGUCUUGUCUGGAGUGUGCCAGUACACCACCUACUUCAGCUAUAUCUUCAUUUUUUUGUGUAUCUGGUACCCUAUUGCGCUGGGCGUAGAGAAGUUCAUCAGCGUCUACUACCCUUUGAGGAAAGCUGCCUUGUGUACCACCUUUAGAGCCAAGGUUGUCGUCAUCAGUAUGUUUGUGAUGACCGGCACCUGCUACUACUACGUCAUCUAUAUGACAGGCCCAAUCUCCUCUGGUCCCAACUUAAUCUGUCAGGUGUGGGACUUCUUCAGAAAGGACUUUUACAAUCUGAUGAUGCUCGACUACAUCUUCACCUUCGUAUUUCCCAGCAUGGUUCUCAUCGUACUCUUGAUCCUCAUCUGUGGUCGGGGAUGCGAAUACUACCGUAUCUCCUCCACGAUUGAGGUAUCCAGCAGACCAGGUAGUAUUAGAAACUCGUCGAAUCGGGCGCCGGUUCGAGUCACCAAUGUUAUAUUUCCCAUUAUUCUCGUAAUACUGCUAUUGAAAUUCCCAACGGGGUUGUUGAGAAUGUAUGCAACUUUCAAUUCUUCUUCACGAACCCAACUCAUGAUCGAUCUUCAGAAUGUGUUUCUUUACCUGGGCAGGUUCGAGUGGGUUAUUAAGUUUUACGUGUAUCUCAUUUUCUCGCCAAGUUUUCGGCGCAGGACUAAGGCUUACGUUUGCAGUGUUAGAUCAAAACUAAAAGGCGGCUGUGAUCAGGAUUCAAUAGAAGAUGGAGAGAUCGAAGGGAUCGUUGAUGCGCCAAGGAUUAACCUUCCCGAGACAGCAGAAAGGGAAGGUAAUCCUCGGACGUUUCUCAUGACGUCUGAUGUGUAA